AGAAAGAACUGGUUUCCUCGAUCAACUGUUCCCAAAAUGAAAGUUCUACAGAAAGCUAAGGGAACACCCAGAAAGGACCUGUCUUUCCCUUCCUUUUUCCAAUUUCUUCUCUGUGAUUCUGUGAACUCGCGUUCUAGAGGAGACGAUGGCGGCGUACAGAUGGAAGUGCUUCGACGAGAACGAAGACCGUCCCGAAAAGCCUCGAAGCUAUGGCGUCACGGAAAUUAGAGGCCCCCAUUACACCCUCUUAAGCCAGAACGUCCUUCAGGAUAUUUUUGAGUCCGUGGGGCAGUUCGUUGAUGGGUUGAAGUUUGCUGGAGGUUCCCAUAGCUUGAUGCCCAAAUCGUUUAUUAAGGAAGUGACUGAUGUUGCUCACAAACAUGACAUAUAUGUCAGCACUGGUGACUGGGCUGAAAAUUUGCUUCGCAAAGGUCCCUCAGCUUUCAAAGAGUAUGUGGAGGAGUGUAAGAGCUUGGGGUUUGACACAAUCGAGCUGAAUGUGGGAUCUCUUGGAAUUCCUGAAGAAACUCUUCUGAGAUUUGUGCGCUUAAUUAAGAGCGGUGGCCUGAAAGUGAAACCUCAGUUUGCAGUCCAGAUAAACAAGUCUGACAUUCCCAUAGGGGAUAGAGCAUUUGGAGCCUACGUUGUCCCGAGGCCACGAUCAUCUGAAUUUGUUGAAGAUGUUGAUCUGCUGAUUAGAAGGGCCGAGAGAUGCUUAGAAGCAGGGGCUGACAUGAUAAUGAUUGAUGCUGAUGAUGUCUGUAAACAAGCUGAUUCAAUGCGGGCAGACAUAAUUGCGAAGAUCAUUGGGCGUCUUGGUGUUGAGAAGACCAUGUUUGAAGCAUCAAAUCCAAGAACAUCAGAGUGGUUUGUCAAACAGUAUGGUCCAAGGGUGAAUCUGUUUGUGGAUCACUCACAAGUGAUGGAUCUGGAGUGCCUCCGGGGACGAAGCUUAGGUAAAAACCAUACAUCUGUGCUGGGUUCCUCGUAUUUUCUGUUCUGAACUUUUUGUAAUAAGAAGGGGGAGAAAGUUAUGGUAAUAUGCGUAUGUGUCUCUUGUUGGAUCUGGUCGUGUUGUCUUAUGAAUUUGUGCUGUUGAUGUAACUUUGUUCAAUAUAACCUUUGUUCCAGUGUGUAAAACAUUACCUUUUAAGAUUUUGAGAAUCAUUGUUGCAACUGA